AUGGGUGUCACCGGCCUCUGGACGGUCGUGCAGCCCUGCGCUCGCCCCAUCAAACUCGAAACGCUCAACAAGAAACGACUAGCGGUCGACGCGUCGAUCUGGAUCUAUCAAUUUCUGAAAGCGGUGCGAGACAAAGAAGGCAAUGCGCUCCGAAAUUCUCACAUCGUUGGAUUCUUUCGCCGCAUAUGCAAACUGCUGUAUUUCGGGAUCCGUCCCGUCUUCGUCUUCGAUGGCGGGGCCCCGGUUAUGAAAAGGCAGACAAUCGCUGGUCGAAAGAAGAAACGUGAGGGCCACAGGGAAGAUGCUGUAAGGACUGCGGGAAAAUUGCUUGCUGUACAAAUGCAACGCAGUGCGGAGGAGGAGGACGCUCGUCGACGCAAUAAGAGUCACAGGCAAGAGGAGGAAGAGGUGCCAGAUGCUCCGGUAUACGCAGAAGAGGCUUUUAUGACAGAGACAGAAAAGCAGCAAACUCGCAAGUUUAAGAAGAAGGAUGCGUACCACCUACCUAAUCUAGAUGUCUCGCUUCAAGAUAUGGGAGCACCAAACGAUCCACGCAUUAUGUCCCAAGAGGAACUGGAGGAGUAUGCUAGACAUUUCCACCAGGGACAAGAUAUCAACCUUUACGACUUUUCCAAAAUCGACUUCGAUAGCAUGUUUUUCCUUAGUCUGCCCGCCACUGAUCGCUACAACAUCUUGAAUGCAGCAAGGCUAAGAAGCCGACUUCGAAUGGGUUAUUCGAAAGAACAGCUAGAUACCAUGUUUCCCGACCGCAUGGCAUUCUCGAGGUUUCAAAUCGACCGUGUCGCAGAACGUAAUGACCUUACGCAACGAUUAAUGAAUUUAAGCGGCAUGAAUGGAGAGGAAGCAUUCUACAAUUCUGGGCAGCGCAUCGCAGGAGAACGUGGCAGAGAAUACGUGCUUGUGAAGGAUCGUGAACACGAAGGUGGCUGGGUCCUAGGUGUCGUGGGAAACCGCGAAGGUCACGAAGAAAAGCCCAUCGAUCUAGAUCGACCUGAAGUAGUGCCCGAAGAGGAUGAGGUAUCGGACGAAGAUGAGUUCGAGGAUGUUCCAAUCGAAGGUUUGAACCGACUUCCGAAACUUCCUUUCCUUCGAGAGGGUGUAUUCGACCGGUCGCUUCAGCUUGAAACCGACGAAGAUUUAGACAUGAGAAGGGCUAUACAAGAAUCGCGCCAUACCGCACAGCGGCAGUCAGCGAAUAAUCGUGUGCAAGAGGUUGAGGAUGACUCGCUUUUUGUAGAAGCCGAAGGAAAUAUUGGCGCACAGGAGCAGAACAACGACACUGAUGAUUUCUUUGAUGGCGACGAUGAUGACCUUGAACAAGCUAUCGCCCUCUCUUUACAACCAGAUACACUCAGCGACGAAGAUAUGCCUGAUAUGCCCAUCUCUCGACCGGCCGAACCGGCUCCCUCUUAUGAGAUGGUGCCAGACCCUGAAUCUGAGAGUGAUGAUGGAAUGGACUUUUCAGCUGCCAUAGCAAGAACAAAGGUUACGAAGAAGGCCUCAUAUGCACCAAAUCCAUUCGGUGGUCCUCUCCCUUUCGAAUCAAUCAAACUCACUAAAGUCACGAAAGAUAAUGAUAAAGCCGGCGAAGCCGGUGAAAAUGCAGGGGACCCACUUCCUCCAUGGUUUGUUGGUGAGCGCCCGGAUGUAGGAUUCAUCGUCGAUCCCAUUGAAGAACCUGAAAAGGAUGAGCAACCUGCGGUACCAGAUCAUUUGUUCCUCUCCAAUCGUCGCUCGCCGGAAAUUAUUGAUGUUGACGAAAUUUCCGCCACCAACGAAGUCGUUGAUCUAGAGGAGGAGGAGAAGGAGGAGGAGGAGGAGAAGGAGGAAGAGGAGGAGGAGAAGGAGAAGGAGGAAGAGGAGGAGGAAGAUGAGGAAGAGCAGAAAGAGAAACCCAAACAAGUCUUUCAAUUGGAGGCCAUUGAAAAGGUUUACAAUGAGCUUUCUACAAAUCCGGAUGAGAAGCCUUUGAGCGAAGCGGCUCUAGCUCCGAUUAAUAGAAAUAUCGACGGGCCUUCCGCACGCACCGAACAUUCUCCUUCGCCAGAAUUUGAAGAUAUUGUCCCUCAGCUACCCACCCAAGGCCCCGAGAUCACUGUUGUAUCCCAUCAAAAGGCCCCACCCCAACCCCAGCCUCAGCUCUUUGAAGAGGUCGACCGAGUGGAGGAUUUCGUGCAGGACCAAGCCGACUACAGUGACCCGGAGGAUGAAGAGCUGUUCAAGCAGCUUGCAGCUGAGGGCGAGGAACAUGUGCGAUUCGCCAAUACCCUUAAUGCUACCGCCCCCAACCAGGAAGCCUUCGACUACGAGCAAGAACUGAAGCAACUACGGUCUCAACAGAGAAAUGAGCGUCGUGAUGCAGACGAGGUGACCACUAUUAUGAUCAAUGAGUGUCAACAGCUCUUGACGCUCUUUGGAUUGCCUUAUAUUACUGCGCCUAUGGAAGCUGAAGCGCAGUGCGCCAAAUUGGUCUCGCUAGGCCUCGUGGACGGGAUUGUUACGGACGACAGUGAUAUCUUCCUCUUCGGCGGAACGCGAGUCUACAAGAACAUGUUCAAUCAAAGUAAAUUCGUCGAAUGCUACUUGACUUCCGAUUUGGAAAAAGAGUAUGCCCUCCAUCGACAGAAGCUUAUUAGCUUUGCCCAUCUCUUGGGCAGCGAUUACACAGAGGGUAUUCCUGGCAUUGGUCCUGUCACAGCCCUAGAGAUCCUCACUGAGUUUUCCAGCCUCGAAGAGUUCCGCGAUUGGUGGACUGAAUUGCAAAUGGGUACGAAUAAUGCGGAAGAUGCCCACCUUGCCUUCCGGAAGAAAUUCCGAAAGAAGGCAUCGAAGAUCUUCUUGCCUCCUUCAUUCCCUGAUACCAAAGUUGACGAGGCAUACCUGGAACCCACGGUUGACGACGACCCUUCCCAAUUUCAAUGGGGUGUACCUGACUUGAAUGGGUUACGGGCCUUCCUCAUGACCACAAUCGGCUGGAGCCAAGAGCGAACUGAUGAAGUCCUGGUACCGGUCAUUCGCGACAUGAAUCGGCGAGAGCAGGAAGGUACACAGUCCAACAUCACACAAUUCAUGCAUGGCCCACAAGGCGCAGGUGCAUUUGCCCCUCGUGUUCGUACAGGUGGACCUAGCCGCAUGGAAAAGGCGUUUAGUCGACUGCGUCAGGAAGCUCAGUCAGGUGGAACCUCGCUGGAUGGCGAGCAAGCUAUCGGGGACGAAGAGGGAGAAGAAGAAGCCUCUAUUUCGCGAAGUAAAGGCAAAAGAGGUGGCUCGGCCACCAAGGCCAAGGCUAGCACGAAUAAGAAGCGAAAGACCCGUCGCGCCUCUCCUGAACCAUGA